AAGUUGUAGAGCCGCGCGCGCGGGAAAUCUCAAAAAGCCCGCGAAUAGUCCACCUCAACGCACCUGUUCUAAGUUCUUCAGCUGCCUUCUUAUAUGUUUGCUUUUUUUCUCUCUCCUCUCUCAAAGAUGAUGCGCUCUGAACAGCCGCAACGGUGCCUCAUCCACGCGGGGAUGCUUCGGAUCAUGAUGCUAGUGGUGGUGGGGAUUUUUUCAUCAGUUGAAGCUAAUACUACAAUUCCGGCAGUGUCCGGUAAAAAUGAUGUUAAAGUGGAAGAGAAAGUGUUUAAAUCUUCGUCUUUGUUGAAAAUACUUUAUCCUGCUGGGUCAAAUAAUUCUGACAUUCCACAAUGUGAGCGGUGGGCAGUCUGCAACAGAGUCGACACGUAUUCUAGACCUUGGGUCGAACGUCUGUGCACUUGUCGCAACUCCAAAUGUUCCACUUCGAUUCAAGCUGAUGAUGGCCACACAGUCGUUGAUAGAACUCGUCAAUAUAAGGUAUGUGAGACAGUUGAUAGACUUCCUACUUGUCGCUACUUCAAAGACAUCACUUGGACUCACAUAACGAGUGCAGAUAACAAAUUCCAACAGAGACUCCAUUGCAAGUGCCCAGAGAACAGCACAACUUACAUAUCUGGCCGUGACAUGAGAAUGACUUCACAAGGAAUGCUCUACUAUUACCAUUUCUCUUGCUCUCCAGAAAGUACUAUGCGAUGUCGUAGAAAAGAACCUUGCCGUUUAUUUACCGUCCGUAAACGGUAUCCCGUGGAAGAAGUGACCACAAGUACCUUGUGCAGUUGUCCACCUAAGACAACAUGUCCUGCUCAUCACACAGAACCUUUCGUCAUAUCAGAUUUUGAUUCUAGCCGUCCUAGGGACGGAACAAGGACUUACAGUGGCUUUUGUGGCAGUACGGAACUUUGAAAAUAUAUAGUACCGUUAUUUCAUAAAAGACGGAUGCCAAUUAUGUAAAUUUCAGUCAUGAAAGUGGAAAGAAGUUUGAAAGUGCCACAGAUUCCUUUUGGAAAUAAUCGUGGAAUUAAAGAGCUUAGGUGAAAAAGGUUCGAAGUGACACUUUCGAAAAAAUGAAGUACUUUUGGAGGUACUUUUAAAUGAUGUACAAAAAAUGAGUAUGCUUUGGAAAAGAUAUUGUUUAAUAGCACAAUAUUGAAUUACUUAGCCAAGUCAUUAAUUUCGAAGACCUCGGUGAAUAAAUGACUAUCUUUAAUUGUUUUCACAGUGAAAAAAGGUUAUAAAGAUGUUUGGCAACAAACAGUUGACGAGUAUUGCUGCAAACUAUAACGCCAUAAGUUCAAACAAUUUAAACUAGUAUUAAUGAUUUGUAGAUUUUGCCAAUUGAAAACUUAAACGGCCUCUACCUUCGCCAUUUUGGAUUUUAAAUUUUUAAUUUGUUGCUUCCUUGAUAUUUUUUGUACUUAACAAACUUUUGAUAUAGUAUUAUUAGACAGCACAAUAUCUUCCAAAAAAAGCUUAGAAAAUACCGAGGUGGCUAUAUUAUAUUAGGUGAAAUAGCACUUGAUAAUUUUUAAUGUAAUCUAAUAAUGUAUCUUAAUAAUUUUCUAUGAAUUUUUCUUCAAAACUCUUAA